AUACUGUAGAAAACAACGAUGAUUACCGAGUUGAUAACGACGUCGUAUCUAACUACGACAGUCCUGACGUGCAUCGUGGGAUACCUCGUAGUCCAACUGCUGCGUCGCAAACGAUACAAGCUUCCACCUGGUCCAAAAGGUUGGCCCAUCAUCGGGUCCUACCUGACGCUAACAUCGGGAAAGUAUGAACUGCGGGACCUCCUAAACAUGUGGGCCAAGGAGUACGGGGACCUUUACAUGUUCAGCAUGUUCGGCUCGCGGUUUGUCAUCCUGAACAGCUACGAUCUCGUCCACGAGGCGUUUCAGAGUCCCGACUUCAACGAUCGUGCUCCUAUUCUACCGUGCAACAAAGCUCUGAACAGAUCUAAUACAGAACUCAACCUUCUCUUUAAUCUCAAGUGUGAAUUGAGUAUCAUUCACAACAGCAACUUUGAGGAUCUGGUGGCAGCCGAAGCGGCAAAACUCAUCAAAAAUUUCGCCAGUCAGGAGGGUACCUUCUUCAAUCCGAUUACAGACAUCUACGUCACAGUCUCAAACGUCAUCACCGGAAUCCUGACGGGAAAGACGUAUGACUACAACGACGAGGAGUUCGUCGAGUUGACCAAGAGGGCCCAGCAGGUCUUCGAAUGGAUGGGUCCUGGAUCGUUCUUCUACCACGUCCCGGUCCUGGCCUACAUGCCGAUGGAGAAUAACAAGAUGGGAGAUGCGGCUGUCAAGGGUAUGUUCGACUUCCUGGAGAAGAUCCUGAAGCGGCAUCGCCAGGCGUAUAACCCUGAGGAUGAGCCGAAAGAUUUGAUAGAGGCAUUCAUGCAUGAAGAGGCGAAUAAGAAAGCACAGAACGUUGAUGUCGGGUCCUUCACUCACCAAUGCCUCAAGCAGGUCGUAUGGGAUUUGAUGUUGGGAGGCAUCGAAACGGUUUCCACCAGCCUCUCAUGGUACUUCCUCUUCAUGGCUCAAUACCCAGACGUACAGGCCAAAGUGCAAGCUGAGCUCGAUAAGGUGAUCGGGCGAGAUCGUCUCCCGUCUCUAUCUGACCGCCAAAAUCUCCCGUUCACGGAAUCGACCAGUGUAGAGUGUUACCGCUUCUGCCGCCUGAUCAACGUCCAAAUCCCACAUCGAACGCGUUGCGACGUAAAACUUGGAGGCUACGACAUCCCGAAAGGAACGAACGUCGGUACGAAUGCAAGCUGGCUCUCCUCAUCGCCCUCGCUUUGGGAGAAUUCUGAAGAGUUCGUCCCAGAUAGGUUCAUCGACAAGGAGACGGGCCUGUACAAUAGCAAACUGGAAGCUGGGCUGGUUGAAUUCGGUGUCGGUCGAAGGGUGUGUCCAGGUGAACAAUUGGCUCGUACAGAACUCUUUGUGAUCUUCACUCAUAUCCUGCAUCGUUUCACCCUGCGACUCCCUGAGGGUACGCCCAUCACCCGGAAUGGCAUCAACGGUCUCACCCAUCAUCCCAAGCCUUACAAAAUCACUGCAGCUCCUCGACGUUAA